AUGGAGACGAAGCGGGCCAAGAAGGAGCUGGCUGACAAGAAGAAUGACAGCCUCGCGGUCAUUUCGGAUGUGCUGCGCGAUGACGCUGAGUUUGCACUGCCCAGCCGCAUACAGAGGCACGCGGAGCGCAUCAAGAACAAAAAGGCCACAGGUGAGUCGACUCGUCGAUGGCCGGAGGGAGUGAGACACGCGAGUGAGCGGCGUGUGUUGCGUGUGCAUGGAUGGCCCAGGCUCCAUGGAGCUGUCCGAUGAGCAGAGACACAUGCUGGAGAGCGAGGCGGCGGCCAUGGAGCAGGAGGAGAUGGCCAGCAUACGAAUUGCUGCACUUGAAGGACAGACUCUCAACACAUCCAAGUACCCCCACACCUUCAUCCCUUACGCAUACAUCUACACCUGGCUGUGUAUGUGAUGUGUGUGGCCGCAGAACCUCGCCUCAGAGAGACAGCAGCGGCGUCAAGUUCAAGAGCAACGCCACAGACAUGGACGAAGCCGAGGACGGCGAAUGGAGAGGUACACCUGUAUCCUGACCUGUAACAACUCCCCAAUGACCUACCUGUCCUGUGUGUACUGACUGGGGAUGCACAAAUGCUUCAAAGACGAAACCCGUCAGGCGCAGCGCAAAGCGAAGCUGCUGAACCGCAAGGUUACUGGUCAGCUGAUGACAGCCGCCCAGAAGGAGGAGCUCAACAGGGCAACACAAGAAGACAUGGAAGAUGGCGACGAGGCUGAGGAUGACGAGUACGACAAAGAUCACCCCAAUCUUGUGUCAUUCAAGUCGCGGGAGACUGAUAUCGACAGCGACGCCGAUGACUGGAAAGGUGCACCCAGCACAAUCCUCACCGUGCAUUUGGACGUGUGUUUGUGUGCAGAUGAGUCCCGCCACGCCAAGCGAAAACUCAAACUGAUGGGCAGGAAAGCUACAGGACAAAUCCGGAUGUCGCAAACACAGAAGAACGAGCUGCGCCGUGCAUCAGAGGAGGCUAUGGACGACGGCGACUCAGAUGUUGGCAGCAAUGACGCCGAUGGCCAUGAUGACCAGCCACCAAGAGGCGCGAACUUGGUUCAGUUCCAGUCCCUUCAGACAGAUAUCGACAGCGACGCCGACUGGCAAGGUGCCUGAGACAUGUCUGCUACACACACACACAUGUACACUGCUCGUCCUUUCCUCGACUACAGAUGCAUCCCAGCAUGCUCAGCGUAGCGCAAAGCUGAUUGCGAGAAAAGCUACUGGGCAGCUACAAAUGACGGAGUUGCAGAGGAGGGAGCUGGAAGAUGACGACGAGGAGGAGGAAAGGGGAGAGUUGCAAGACGACCAGCCUUACCUUGUCUCCUUCAAGACACAAGAAACAGACAUCGACAGCAACCCCGACUGGCUGGGUACAGUACGGCCCACAUGCGCAUCGUGUGUCCCUGUGUUCACACGUGUCUCCCUACCUGUGUCUCUCAGCAACAGGUCGGUUAAGGCGCGCAGGGCGAAGCUGA